AUGACGGCUCAAGCUCAAGCCGUGACAACUCAAGCCCAAGCCAUGACGGCCCAAGACAAUAGAGAUGUUGGGACUCAUGUGAAUGCCGCUUCCAGAUUUAGGGAUUUUGAUAGAAUAAAUCUUCCCGAAUUUCAUGGCUCUAAAGUGGAUGAAGAUCCCAAAAGGUUUACUGAUAAGGUUUAUAAAGCGCUUGAUAUUAUAGGAGUGUCUCCACAAGAGAAUGAGAUGUUGGCCGCCUAUCAGUUGAAAGAUAUGACUCAAGUUUGGUAUGAACAAUGGAAGGGUGAGAGGCCAAUAGGAGCGGGUCCCAUAAAGUGGGACAUGUUCAAAUCGGCAUUCCUUGAUAGGUUUAACCAAGAGAAAGGUAGUGGGUCUCCAUUACCUAAGCCUACUUGCACCAAAUGUGGAAAUAAGCACCAUGGUAGGUGUCUAGCCAGUACAGAUGGUUGCUAUGGUUCUGGCAAGAGUGAUCAUCAAGUGAAGAAUUGCCCUACACUUCCGGCAAAAGGGAGACAGGCCAAGAAAGCUCCUCAUAGUGGUCCGGAACCCAAUGCUCCAAAUUAUGGUCGCUUCUAUGCAUGCCGGUCUAGAAAUGACCAACAAGCCUCUCCGGAUGAAGGCACCGGUAUGUGA